UUGAACGCGAGGCGCCAGGUGGAGGUUGGCGCGGGUAGGGGAGAGUGUGGGGCGCACUCCCCUGGGGUGGGUACUCCUGUCUGUGUUGUGGCAGUGGGACCCGCGAGCAAGCAGCGACGCCAGCGGCGGAGAACUGACAAAAGGUGUCGCCACGGUGAUGGCAGUGGAGGACAGCACGCUGCAAGUGGUGGUGCGGGUGCGGCCCCCCACCCCUCGGGAGCUGGACGGUCAGCGGCGGCCAGUGGUUCAGGUGGUGGACGAGCGGGUGCUGGUGUUUAACCCUGAGGAGACUGAUGGAGGGCUCCCUGGCCUGAAGUGGGGCGGCACCCAUGAUGGCCCCAAGAAGAAGGGCAAAGACCUGACGUUUGUCUUUGACCGGAUCUUUGGCGAGGCGGCCACCCAACAGGACGUGUUCCAGCACACCACGCACAGCAUCCUGGACAGCUUCCUUCAGGGCUACAACUGCUCAGUGUUUGCCUACGGGGCUACCGGGGCUGGGAAGACACACACCAUGCUGGGAAGGGAGGCAGACCCCGGCAUCAUGUACCUGACCACCGUGGAACUGUACAGGCGCCUGGAGGCCCGCCAGCAGGAGAAGUGCUUCGAGGUGCUCAUCAGCUACCAGGAGGUGUACAACGAGCAGAUCCAUGACCUCCUGGAACCCAAGGGGCCCCUUGCCAUCCGCGAGGACCCUGACAAGGGGGUGGUGGUGCAAGGACUUUCUUUCCACCAGCCAGCCUCAGCUGAGCAGCUGCUGGAGAUGCUGACCAGGGGGAACCGUAACCGCACACAGCACCCCACUGAUGCCAACGCGACUUCCUCCCGCUCCCAUGCCAUCUUCCAGAUCUUUGUGAAGCAGCAGGACAGGGUUCCAGGACUGACCCAGGCUGUCCAGAUGGCCAAGAUGAGCCUGAUUGACCUAGCUGGCUCAGAGCGGGCAUCCAGCACCCAUGCGAAGGGGGAGCGGCUGCGGGAGGGGGCCAACAUCAACCGAUCUCUGCUGGCUCUCAUCAACGUCCUCAACGCCUUGGCCGACGCAAAGGGCCGCAAGACCCAUGUGCCCUACCGGGACAGCAAACUGACCCGCCUGCUCAAAGACUCCCUCGGGGGCAACUGCCGCACCGUGAUGAUCGCUGCCAUCAGCCCCUCCAGCCUGGCCUACGAGGACACGUACAACACCCUCAAAUAUGCCGACCGGGCCAAGGAGAUCAGGCUCUCGCUGAAGAGCAACGUGACCAGCCUGGACUGUCACAUCAGCCAGUAUGCUACCAUCUGCCAACAGCUCCAGGCUGAGGUAGCCGCUCUGAGGAAGAAGCUCCAAGUAUAUGAAGGGGGAGGCCAACCCCCAAAACAGUACCUCCCAAGAUCCCCCAAGUCGGGACCACCACAACACCUUCCCAGCUCCCCCUUGCCACCCCACCCUCCCAGCCUGCCCUGUACUCCAGAGCUCCCUGCAGGGCCUAGAGCCCUUCAAGAGGAGAGUCUGGGGACAGAGGCCCAGGUGGAGAGGGCCAUGGAAGGGAACUCUUCAGACCAGGAGCAGUCCCCAAAGGACCAGGGUGAAGGCCCAGCUGAGGAGGUUCCAACACAGAUGCCAGAGCAGAACCCCACACAUGCACUGCCAGAGUCCCCUGGCCUGACCCUGCAGCCCAACCCAGUUGUGGGCCACCUCUCAGCACAGGAACUGGAACGAGAUUGUUCUAAACAGUUGGCCCUUAAGGUGCUGUGCCUGGCCCAGCGGCAGUACUCCCUGCUCCAAGCAGCCAACCUCCUGACCCCCGACAUGAUCACGGAGUUUGAGACCCUACAGCAGCUGGUGCAAGAGGAAAAAACUGAGCCUGGGGCAGAGGCCUCUAGCACUUCUGGCCUGGCCAGGGGGGCACCUCUGACUCAGGAGCUGUGUUCAGAGUCAAUCCCUGUGCAGUCUCCUCUCCACCCAGAGCCUCCAGGACACACUGGCCCUGUGACCCGGACCAUGGCGAGGCGACUGAGUGGCCCCCUGCACACGCUGGGGGUCCCAUCUGGACCUAACUACACACCAGCCCAGGAAUCCCAAUGGCCCAUGGAGAAGAAGAAGAGGAGGAGACCAAGCCCCUUGGAUCCAGACAGUCCCAUGGCCCCAAAGCGGGGCACCAAGCGCCAGCGCCAGUCCUUCCUGCCCUGCCUGAGGAGAGGGUCUCUGCCUGACGCCCAACCUUCACAGGGGCCCAGCACCCCCAAAGGAGAAAGGGCCUCCUCCCCCUGCCAUUCCCCUCACUUUUGCCCAACCACAGUCAUCAAAAGCCGGGUGCCCCUAGGCCCUUCCGCCAUGCAGAACUGCUCCACCCCGCUGGCCCUGCCCACUCGAGACCUCAACGCCACCUUCGAUCUCUCCGAGGAGCCUCCCUCAAAGCCCAGUUUCCAUGAAUGCAUUGGCUGGGACAAAAUCCCCCAGGAGCUGAGCAGGCUAGGCCAGCCCUUCAUCCCCAGGGGAUCCAUGCCCCUAUUCACCAUGAAGGGUCCCAAGCCAACAUCUUCCCUCCCUGGGACCUCUGCCUGCCAGAAGAAGCGCAUUGCGAGUUCCUCAGUCUCCCGUGGCCGCAGCCGCAUCGCCCGCCUCCCCAGCAGCACUUUGAAGAGGCCAGCUGGGCCCCUUGUACUCCCAGAGCUGCCCUUGAGUCCCCUGUGCCCUAGCAACCAGAGGAGUGGAAAGGACCUCAUCAGGGUGGGGAGAGUGCUGUCAGCGGGGAAUGGCGUCACCAAGGUGUCCUGACCGCGAGAAUGUCCUGAUCACCAAGGUGUCCUAACCCACCGGCCCCUCUAUGCUGGAUAGACCUGGAGCCACCUGCACCAGGAGCUGGACCUGCCUUCCUUACCUGGGAGCAAUUAGUGCCAACACACCUUCGCUGUAUUAACAUCCCUUCCCAGACAUCAUCCUGCUACUCACCCUCUGUUAAUCUCCUGUUACACUCAACUUCUUAGCAUGUACAUAUUCAUUUGUGAGUGUUAACGUGCUGCUAUUUUUUGGUUUUGGUUUUGGUUUUGAGAUGGAGUCUCACUCUGUCGCCCAGGCCGGAGUGCAGUGGUACGAUCUCGGCUCACUGCAACCUCCGCCUCCUGGGUUCAAGUAAUUCUCCUGCCUCAGCUUUCCAAGUAGCUGGGAUUACAGGUGCCCACCACCAUGCCCAGCUAAUUUUCAUCUGUUUAAUAGAGAUGAGGUUUUGCCAUGUUGGCCAGGCUAGUCUUGAACUCCUGACCUCAGGUGAUCCGCUUGCCUCAGCUUCCCAAAGUGCUGAGAUUAUAGGCGUGAGCCACCGCACCUGACCCGUGUUGCUGUUUUAAAGGUGCUGCCAUGUUCCCCCCUCAUUUUUAAUUUUUAUUUUGCUUGAGACAGAAUCUUGCUCUGUGACCCAGGCUGGAGUGCAGUUGCGUGAUCUCGGCUCACUGCAACCUCCGCCUCCCAGGUUACUCUCCUGCCUCAGCCUCCCUAGUAGCUGGGACUACAGGUCCCCCUGCCACCACGCCCAGCUAAUUUUUUUGUAUUUGUAGUAGAGACGGGGUUUCACCGUGUUAGCCAGGCUAGUCUCAAUCUCCUGACCUCGUGAUCCACCUGCCUCAGCCUCCCAAAGUGCUGGGAUUACAGGCAUGAGCCACCGCGCCCGGCCUCCCCUCUCAUUUAUGAUGCCCUCCGUGCAGGCAGACAGCUCUUGGGCUCUUUUCCCCACCUGUCUCUAACACAGGCCCCACAGUGUUGGCCAUGGGCAGUGGAGGAGGAGUGAGGAUGGGUUGGGGAGCUGGGAGUCGCAGCUUGGCUCUUCCUGGUUUCUGAGAUGGACAUCUUCAUCCCUACUCCCCUCAGUCCCCAACCACAGUCCUGGUGAAGAUGUGGAUGAUAAUGGUGCCUUGAUUUCCAAAUGAAGACAGCUUUAUUGUUUCACUCUAUUGUAAAUAGGAUACACGUUCAGUGUAAAAGUGUAAAGAAAGGGGAAUUCAGCCUUAAUGCUGCACCCAGAUACAAAUGCUAAUGAUACUUGGGUUUAUAGCCUUCUGAUCCUUUAUUUCUGCAUAUAUAUAGAGAGAUAUAUACAUAUAUUUUUGGUAUAACAGUAAACCGUCUCCAUCCUUGGUGUGUGUGUCUCUCUGUACACCUAGAUAGGAUAGCAACACCUUCCCUUUCUCACCUUCCUACUCUUAAGACCUCAGGAAACUUCUGAGUAUAUACAGAAAACAGUUAUCACUCUGCCUCCUCCUGGAGCCUGAGGUCUGAGCCCAGCUCUUCAAUCCACAGCCCAAUACACCUUGAAGGGCCUCCUCUUCUCCAUGGGUUUGGGGGUAAUUGCAUCUGGAGGUCUGUUCCACCCUUCUACAGCCUUGGGGGUGGGUUGCUAGGAGUUCUGCCUUCUUAGUGGUCACCAGGUCUUAGGUGAGGCUCCAAGCUAAACCCCGCAGGCCUGAGUCCAGUGCAGUCUGCUAUGCCGCCAUGCCUCCACCUGGUUCGUGACUUCCAUCUCCACUCCCUUGGAUUGUGCAACAGUGCCACCUAAGUUUCCCUCCAUUCUCCCCAUGAAAAUAUGGUUGGCUGAAUGAAUUAAUAGUGUAAACAAAAUUACAGGAGUCUGUGUUUAACCUGCUUCUGAAAACAAACAUGUUAAAGGUAUUUAGAGCAUUGUGAGAAGCAUAUAAAUAAAUGCGGCUAAUUUCAA